AUGGAAAAUAAACUGACCAGGGACACAGAAGAAAAGCGAGGGGCCCCUCCAGAUGAACAUUCAACUACCGGUAACCUGACAUCUAAAAAUUACACCUCUACUACCACACUUCCCCCUGGAAAAGUUGCUCAUAGCUGGCCAUACUUCGCUGCAUUUGUGCUUUCGGCUAUCGCCAUCUCCAUUGUGAUUGCGUUGGUUGCUAAAUGCAAAUUGUUGCAGAGGAACCGUGCCAGCUACAACCAUCAACGGCUGCCUGAUUCCCGCUCCAUUGGAAGCAGCCAUGCUGAGGAAGCUGACAUGGAUGUGGCCUAUGGGAGGAACCAAGGCAUCCCUAGAGUAGCUGGGUGUCCUGCAGAGGAUGAUGAUGGUUUCAUUGAAGAUAACUACAUUGAACCCAAUCAAGGCUUGCAGGAAGAAGAAGAGGAGGAGGAGGUGGCAGAGGAGAAAGAGAAUGAAUUGGAACCCCAUUUCAAACUUUGAGAGGAUAUUAGGAACCAAGCACCAAUUUUUCAUAUUCUCCAAUACCUUAUCACCCCAUUUUCUAGGAGCUUCCAGUUAUCUCAUACUUGUUACAGAUUCUCCUACCUGCUCUUUGGCUUCAGACCAAUAUCUGAUCUACAACCCUUAGCUUCUUGCUAACAACUAUAUUUUCCCAUUUUCUGUACACUGAGCUGCAGUAGCUUCUCAAUACAUUUCAUUUGUGUAAUUUGAGGUUAUCCAUGGAUUACCUCCCACAUUAUUGUGUACUAGACUGCAGGUUUAGGCUAUUGAAAGACAGGCAGAAUUUUAAUGAACCCAGCCCACUGUGGAAGCAGUUUUUAAGUGUAAAAAACCCCAAAUUAUGUGGUGUUGUUCUUUAAAGUCCUAGCACACACUUGAUCAGAUAAAUAUUCAAGGUACAUGAGGAAAAGCUGCAUGUAGUAGAGGUGGGGAGAAUGGUGAAGAACAGCUUUCCCCAAACUGAUGCCCUCUAGAUAUUGUUGGACAACUCCUAUUGUACCCAAGCUAGUGAAGAGGAAGAGCUGCACUGAUCCACAGAAAGAAGCCAGACUAAAAAGUAAAAAGUCCAGACUAGCACACAUCAGUACAAUGUUUAUGCAUGGCCUCUCUCUAAAACCAGUGUCAAGUUUCUUAAUUUUGUAGUGGUUCCAACGUAUUUCAAGAUGGAGUGGUAAUUGUGAUAAGAGCCUUGCUGUGAGAUUUUUGGAAGAUAUGUUGCCAACAUGUGGGAGAGAGAUGUGCCUAAACAAAGAAGUUAUUCUAAGGAUAAUACAGGAAUGUGCUAGGGGGGACACUUGGUUCAUUCACAUCUUGUUUGUGGCCAACAUUUUUUGAGUGUUGCCUGUGAUAAGUGAGAAGCCCACGUACAGUGCUGCAGGCAAGUGGCUCUAGGAUGCAGCUCUUGCAAACUUUGUAGGAAUUAGUUCAAAACAGAAGCAGAAUUACAAGGAGCAUUGCAGCACCUCACUUUCUGCCGCCACUGGCAUCACUCACACCAGCAACACUGCUUGGACUGAGGCAAAGGUGUGUUUUGCUAUCUAGGUUUGUUCCAUACCCUGGGCUGCACAUUGUACAACCAGUGUAUAUAAUUCCCUUAUACAAUCUCUUUUAUCUGUGUAUCAAAUGAUAUUUAUGCUUCCAGGUAAGCCAUUCACUCUGUGCCUGGUAUAAUUGAAUUGAGAACUGCCCAUUACAGUGACUUUAGAAAUGUAGCAGCAAUCCUUCCUCUUACUAUUUUCUCAUUAUUCUUCCUUCUGAUUGUAGUUUUCUUCAACUACCAGUUGACCACUGGUAGUUUCAUCAAGUGUUCAGCUUUAGAAACUCUCCUGUUUGAUGGAAGAUGUUCAGAUGGCAGUGCAUCAUAGGCCCUUCAGAUUGUCUGGGCAUGUACACCUCUUCCCUGAAGCUGUGCUUGUCAAUAUAGCUUUUUGCCAGUACUGAAAGCACAAUGAUUUCACUACUGGGGAGUCUCCCGUUUCUCAUGUCUGCUAUCCUUUUCUGGGGAUGAUGGCAAGGUUGCUUCCAUUGCAGCCACAAGUUUCUCCCUCCUCCUAUGGGAGGGCUUUGUAGCAGGAUCAAGCAAAGGAAACAAUGGCACGUGUUGCAGAAUCAGGUAUAGCCUCAUAAGCUCCAAAUCCUAUGUUAGUGCAAAACAAAAAAUCUUGCCCCAUUUGCUGUUUUAAUUACUUCCUGAUAUGGCAAUGUCAAUCCAGUGUUGUUUUGGGUGAACUGAAUAAGGCUUUGGGAUCAGAGAAGGCAAUGCUUCCCAGUAUGUGAACAUCACCUUUAUUACAGUAACUGUAUCAAUAAGAAAUUGUUCAUUUAAGUGAUAUGAAAGUAUUUCUAGGAUGAAAUACAGGGGAGACUUGAAUGGAAAUUAUCUCCACCAGAAUCUGUGCAGUGGUGUGGCUGUUUCAUAAUUAAAUACACUCCAGUGUAUUUAAACAAAUGAUAAUAUUGUGAAUUUAACCCUGAAAAUGGGAUCAUUUGGGUGUUUAUUCUCAAGGUUUAUAAGAUUGUACACAGUGUUUUCCCUUUAGUCAAACAAAACACUGAGCUGCACCUUCUCUUUACUUCUCUACAGCAAGGGGAUUCUGUGCAAAUACCAAGACUCCACAUUAUGUCUUAAUCAGAUAUUUCAGCUAGUCAUGCAGUAUUGCCAGAAUUAUUCAUAGCAAUAAAUGACACUCCUCAUUUUUAGCUGUUU